GGUGUUAUGUUAAGGUGAGGGCUCAGAAACAGUGAGGCAUCUGGGCCCAGAGGAAAUGCACCACUCAGAUUGAAUUUUCUCCUCAGCCCACAGGUCCUGACUCCGCAGGAGCAAAAGAAUCAUGCGAAGGAGGAAGAAGUUACAGGAUUCGGUGUCAGUAUUUCUUGGGACACACUUGACCGAGGACUGAGAUUUCUGAACAGAAAUUUAGAGCAGAUCCGGAAGACACAAAGACAGAGCCUCCCCAUUGCCAGCUGUUUUCAGAGAAGAGGAGAAAAUGAUCCAGGCCCAGGAAUCCCUGACAUUUGACGAUGUGGCUGUGGACUUCACCAGGGAGGAGUGGCAGCUCCUGGCCCCUGCUCAGAAGGAUCUGUACCGGGACGUGAUGUUGGAGAACUACAGCAACCUGGUGUCAGUGGGUUAUCAAGCCAGCAGACCAGACACACUCUCCAAGUUGGUUCAAGGAGAACCACCAUGGAUAAUGGAAGAUGAAAUCCACUGUGGAACCCAUUCACAAAUCUGGGAAGUUGAUGAUCAUCUGCCAGAACACUUACAGAGUGAAAGCCUGGAGAAUAGACUGGAACAAUGGAAUGAACGUAACACCUUUAAAAAUUCUGUUCAUCAGAACAGAACACAUUUUGGGUUAAGGCAAGAUCAUGACACAUUUGACUUACAUGGACAAAGUAUGAAAUCAAAUUUAACUUUACUUAAUCAGAGCAGAAGCUGUGAAAUAAGGAACCCUGCUGAGCUUAGUGGAGAUGGGAAAUCCUUUCUCCAUGCUAACAGUGAACAAUUUCAUACUGACACUAAAUUCCCUGAAAGCCGAAAACUCAUAGGCACUGAGUCCCAAUUCACCAGGAAUCAGAAACCUCAAAAAAUAGAGAAGCCUCAUGUAUGCGGUGAAUGUGGGAAAGCUUUUAUCAAGAAGUCUUGGCUCACUGAUCAUCAGAUCAUUCAUACAGGAGAGAAACCCCAUCAAUGUAGUCUGUGUGGGAAGGCAUUCUCCAGAAAGUUCAUGCUCACUGAACACCAGAGAACGCAUACAGGAGAAAAACCUUAUGAAUGCCCUGAGUGUGGCAAAGCCUUUCUCAAGAAAUCCCGGCUCAAUAUACAUCAGAAAACACAUACAGGAGAGAAACCAUAUAUAUGCAGUGAAUGUGGGAAAGGUUUCAUCCAGAAGGGAAAUCUCAUUGUACAUCAGCGAAUUCAUACAGGUGAGAAACCUUAUAUAUGCAAUGAAUGUGGAAAAGGCUUCAUCCAGAAGACAUGCCUCAUAGCACAUCAGAGAUUUCACACAGGAAAGACUCCCUUUGUGUGCAGUGAAUGUGGAAAAUCCUGUUCCCAAAAGUCGGGUCUCAUUAAACAUCAGAGAAUUCACACAGGAGAGAAACCCUUUGAAUGCAGUGACUGUGGGAAAGCCUUCACUACGAAGCAAAAGCUCAUUGUCCAUCAAAGAACUCAUACAGGAGAGAGACCCUAUAUCUGCAAUGAAUGUGGGAAAGCUUUUGCUUACAUGUCUUGCCUUGUUAAACAUAAGAGAAUACACACAAGAGAGAAACGUGGAGAUUCAGUCAAGGUGGAAAAUCCUCCCUCAGAGAAUCACAGCUCAUCACAGACUAGUGUUGUCCUGCAGGAGAAAGACCUUGUUAAUUCGGUGACUAUGCACGUGCCUUCUGUAGCCCCUCAGACAUCCUUAAACAUCAGUGGGCUCCUAGCAGAUAGGAAUGUAGUCAUAGUGGGACAGCCUGUGGCUAGAUGUGCCCCCUGAAGGAUUUGCACAGGAGAGAAACCUUAUGAAUGCAGUGAAUGUGGUUGUGCCUUCAGUGGUCAAUUAUGUCUUAUUUUAUGUUACAGAAAACCAGUAGAAAAAACUCAGGAGACAUUCUGUGUGGAAAAGGGUUGAGCAAAAAUUUCUAGCUCAUAUUAUGGCUGAAAAGUAUAUACUGAGAGAAACUGUAUAAAUGCUGAGACCGGGAAUGCCUAAUAUCCUAUUCAAUAUAUGCGUUGAU